CGUUUUACCCGCCAGCCUUUGUCAUUCAGCGCACGCGCACUGGAGCCAAGACGGCGCUCGCCCCGCCCGUAGGUUCCCGACUUCCGGUUCCGCGGGGACCCAGAGGUCAGACUGAGACUCAUGGCGGCGUCCAGGAAGCAGGCUACCGGGAGCGUUGACGAGGCUACGGCAGAAGAGGAACCACGAGUUCUAGAACCCGGGGCCGCCCCAUUCGGAAAUUUCCCUCAUUAUUCCCGCUUCCACCCUCCAGAGCAACGGCUCCGCCUCCUUCCCCCAGAGCUGCUUCGCCGACUCUUCCCUCAGAGUCCCGAGACAAGGCCGAUCCUGGGGCUCGACGUGGGUUGUAACUCCGGGGAUUUGAGUGUGGCCCUAUACAAACAUUUCCUUUCCUUACAUGAUGGGGAGACCUGCUCAGAUGCCUCAAGAGAACUCCAUCUCCUCUGCUGCGACAUAGAUCCUGUCCUGGUGGAACGAGCUGAAAAAGAAUGCCCUUUUCCUGAUGGCUUGACUUUUAUUACCCUGGACUUUAUGAAUCAAAAGACCCGGAAAGUUCUCUUGAGCUCUUUCUUAAGCCAGUUUGGACGCUCAGUUUUUGAUAUUGGCUUCUGCAUGUCUAUAACCAUGUGGAUUCAUCUGAACCAUGGGGACCAAGGUCUAUGGGAGUUCCUGGCCCACCUUUCUUCCCUAUGCCGCUACCUCCUUGUGGAGCCACAGCCCUGGAAGUGUUAUCGGGCAGCUGCAAGGCGUCUUCGGAAGCUGGGCCUCCAUGAUUUUGACCACUUCCGCUCCCUUGCCAUCCGAGGAGAUAUGGCCAAUCAGAUUGUGCAGAUCUUGACCCAAGACCAUGGCAUGGAAUUCGUAUGCUGCUUUGGCAAUACCAGCUGGGACCGAAGCCUUCUGCUCUUCAGGGCAAAACAAACCACAGAGACUCAUCCCAUCCCUGAAUCACUGAUAGAAGAAGGGAAAGAAAGGAACAGAUUAAGAUUCUGGAGACAGAUGGGAGGGUUGGAAGACCAGGGUAGAUAUUAAAAGGGUUUUAUAUUAAGAAUUAAGUUUACUCUCCGUAACUCCUGAUAGUUAGGCAGCCUCAAAACCUGGCAGAAACUUUUAAAAUAUCCAAGACAUGGAGUUCCUACUGUGGCACAUUGGGUUAAAAAUCUGACUACAGUGGCUUGGGUUGGAUCCCCAACCUGGUGCAGUUGAUUGAAGGAUCCAGUGUUGCCUCAGUGUAGGUCCCAGCUGGGCUCAGAUUCAGUCCCUGGCUUAGGAAUUUCCACAUGCCAUGAGUGCAGCCAUUUAAAAAAAAUGUCCAAGACAUGCAAUUAAAAGAAUCAGUAUCUGGAGUUCCUGUCGUGACACAGUGGUUAACAAAUCCAACUAGGAACCAUGAGGUUGUGGGUUCGAUCCCUGGCCUUGCUCAGUGGGUUAAGGAUCUGGCGUUGCCGUGAGCUGUGGUGUAGGUCACAGACGCAGCUCGGAUCUGGCGUUGCUGUGGCUCUGGCGUAGGCCAGUGGCUAUGGCUCCGAUAAAAGAAUCAGUGUCUGUUCCCCAUUUGGGGGGAUGAUCCCUAUGGAGAAUACAUCUGUGGAGUAAUGAUCUGGGCUGUCUGGAAUGAAAUGGCCCAGAGAAAGAGAUCCUGGUUCUGGGGUAUAGAAGGAGCCACUUUUGGUGUUUUUUUGUUUGUUUGUUUGUUUGUUUUCAGGAAGGCUUAGACCUGGUUAGCCUUAGAAUGUAUCCAUUCCCUGGGCUCCUUGAAUCUAAUCUGCCUUCUUCAGGCAUCUGGAUUUACUCAUCCUGUCUGUGAGGCAAAAAUCUCACAAUACAAUCUGGAAUGAAAAGUCACUUGCCUUGCUCAGGGAGAGCUUUGGUAGGAAAUACAACUUUUCAGAGCAGGUCAAGUUUCCAGCAUACCUGGGCUGAGCACAACUGUUACACAGUACUAGCCAAGAUGCAUUGAUUAGUGUUUAAAAGAUUUAAAUUAUGAAUUCAAAAUCUAACUGGUACAAAUGAAAUAAAUGAAGUGGCAUUGUAUACAGUCUAUCUACAAUUAUAUUUUAAGUAUAAUAAAAGGGCCAAGUGUGGUUGAGAA